AUGAAGGGUGAGAUUGAAGUUCGAGACGCUUUGAAUGAGUCGCUAGUUGUGCUCAGCACAUCAGUACCGAACGCGACAGAUAAUUUCGGUGGGAUGCCACCGAAACAUUGCACCGUUUUCGGUUGGAUUUCACCGGUGAGAAACUUAAUAUUCGGUGGGGAUCCACGUAAGAUGGAACGUAGUUCAGUGGUGUACUACAAAACUUUUACCCGCGAACAAAAUCAAGGUGACGCCCCUACUGAAGGCAACAAUGUGGGAACAGAAUGUGUAAUGGACUAUAGUGAUCAAUUCACAACUUAUUCGAUAUUCAAUGGUAGAGAUGCAUUACUUCGAUGGGCUCGUGAACAAGGAAAAUUGAAUAAUAUUGUCAUUGUAAUUAAAAGGUCUGAUUAUGGAGGUGAGGGCAAGAGGAGACCUCGUGUAAUACUUGCUUGUGAGAGGAACAGUAACUAUAAGUCUUGCAAGUCUAGUGAGACAACUGAUAUAAGGUCGGAUGCAAAUAGUGAUAUGAAAAAAUGUGCUAGGGACACUGGUACCAAGAAAUGUGGAUGCCCAUUCUUGUUAAAAGGUGUCAAUAUUGGUGAUGGGGAUGAUUGGAAGUUGGAGGUGGUUUGUGGAGUACACAACCAUCCUAUUUCAGAGUAUCUUCAAGGUCAUUCAUUUGUGGGGCGACUUACUGAAGAGGAGAAUGCCUUGUUGGUGGACAUGUCUAAGAGUUUGGUGAAACCCAGAGAUAUUUUGGUCACCAUUAAAGAUAGAGAUGCAAUGAAUGUUUCAACUAUGAAGACAAUAUACAAUGCUAGGAUCCGAAAUAGAACCAAAGAAUUUGUUGGGAGAACCCAAAUGCAACAAUUGCUUACUAAGUUAUCCGAACACAAUUAUAUUGAGUGGCAUAGGACAUCUUGUGAUAUUGUAACUGACCUGUUUUGGACACACCCCAUUAAUAUUGAUAUUUUGCGCGCAUUUCCACAUCACGACAUUUAUUAUGUGGAUGCUUUAUCAUGUGGUUGUGCUAUUCGUCGAACCCACCAAUUACCAUGUGCACAUGAAAUUGCGGAGUAUAAAGAGCGUGAUGUACCAAUACCACUUGAUGUCGUGCAUUCACAUUGGAGGAAAUUAGAUAUCAUCAAUAUAGGAAACAGUAGUCAUGGCACAACUUCACCAGGAAGGUCACAACUACAAAGAUUCAAUAUGUGGUAUGAACAACAAGAUGGUGAGAAGAAGAGACAAGUCCACAUGACACUGGAUGAGCUAAUGAACCCUGGUUCUACUGCACUUACUGAACCAAAAGAGAAGUUGAAGACCAAAAUGAGACCGCGAAAAGUCGAUACUUCAAUUCGGUGGACUACCACUGAAGCAAUGUAA